AUGGAGAACGAAGAACUCUUCGCGAACGAGCCCGAGGUCGAUGCCCGAGUGCGCGCCGGAGAGCCAAGUCAAAGAGUGACUGAGAACACGCGCCUAUUAUCCGAAUCCGAUGCAAUAUCGCAUCAACAGCCAUUCUACCUGACAGAUACUCGGCCGCAAUGGAGAAGACCGAGCAUCUGGUGGCUGCUUCCCUUCGGGCUACUGUUCACGCUGGGUUUCGGCGGACUUGCCGUUCCAAAGAUUAAUUUGAUAAUGUCGCUCAUUUGUCGAGACUAUCUUGCUGAAAAGAGCACCCAAGAUCCUGAUUUCACAUAUCUCCCCGUUCUAUUCGGCGAGCACAACCCGCAAUGCCAGAUCCCGCAAGUCCAGUCGCUUGUCGCCCAGUUUCAGCUCUACCUCAAUCUUGCAGCUGGCAUUCUAUCCGCCUUAGUAAGUCCCCGUCUCGGGCAUUUGUCCGACCGCUACGGAAGGACCAAGAUGAUUGCGCUGGGCGCGAUGGGCGCUGUGCUCAAUGAGGUGAUCACUGUGACAGUGGCUACAUGGCCAGACAAAGUCUCAGUGAACAUGCUCCUCAUUGGAUCCGUUAUGGAUGGACUGGGUGGAUCCUUCACCGGCGCACAGGCUUUGAUCCAUUCAUACGCCUCUGACUGCACGCCAAUCGAGAAGCGAAGCGUAGCGUUUGGUCUAUUCCAUGGUGCAUUGUUCUUUGGAAUCGCAGUUGGGCCUGGUGCUGCUGCGUUCUUGAUUCAACAUGGAGGUACAUUGCUUGUUUUCUACAUUGCGCUUGCAUUCCACGCCACAUUCUGUCUUUCGGUUUUCUUCAUCGUGCCAGAGUCUUUAUCCAAAGAUCGACAACUUGCCGCGCGCGAGAUGCAUCGCGCCAAAAAUUUGGAUGUCGACUCUCCCAAAUGGUAUUCAUGGCGUGUCUGGAACCCGCUGAAUCUGAUUACCCCUCUUGCGAUCCUGAUGCCUGCCGUUGGACGGCCGAGUGUCUUGUUCCCUAACCGUCGUGGUGCAAGCCCGGCUCUACGGCGGAACAUUGUUCUCCUGGCAGCUAUCGACACUGCUGUGUUUGGAGUCGCGAUGGGAACUGUGCAGAUCAUCAUCAUCUACGCCGAGUACAUGUUCAGCUGGGGUAGCGUAGAAUCUAGCCUCUUUGUCGCGAUCAUCAACGUGGUGCGCGUGGUCAAUCUUUUUGUUGUGCUUCCAAUCAUCUCACGGCUCUUCCGCACCCCAUGCAAGGAAGACGGACUUAUUCGUGGGUCUGACAAGUUGGACGUUGUUUUGAUCCGCACAUCCAUCAUCUUCGAUGUAUUGGGCUAUGUUGGCUACGCCCUGUCCCGACACCCAUUGGCAAUGAUCCUUUCUGGGGCCACUGCUGCACUGGGUGGUAUGGGCUCUGCAAUUUUGCAGUCAUCUAUCACCAAACAUGUUCCACACGAAAGAAUAGGUCAAAUGCUUGGUGCCACUGGCCUUUUGCAUGCUCUUGCUCGAAUUGUUGCGCCUACUGUCUUCAAUCUAAUCUAUAGUAUGACUGUCGCAACCCUACCGCAAACAGUUUUUGUGGCCCUUGCAGUGGUCUUUGCCGUGGCAUUCUUUAUGAGUCUCUUCAUAAGACCACAUGUUACCCUCGAAGGCGAACCCGCCGACCUCGGAGCCGAAGCAAAUGAAGACGGCGAUGAUGAGGAUAAUUCACUCUUGCUCGAUAGAGAGUAA